CAGUAGUUGUGAUAAUUAAGUCUGACCAUCUCUCAGAAUGGUGCUCCCAAAGCCUAACUUUUCCUAUUAUACCUACGUAUACAUCGAGAGUCUUCCUAUACUUGGAGUUCCUAUCCUGGUCCUCAUUCUAGGCAGUCUUUUUACUUGUAGAGUGUGUCACAACGAUCCUAAAGACACUUUCCUGGAUAUUUUCUAUGGACCUCCGUUGGCAGUACUGACCAAUACGCCUGGAACAGAAGGAAAUAAAAAAAAGUUCUAUAUUGGCAAGUAUGAGAUAUCACGUCGUGUUUCUUGGUGUUUGUAUUUUAUAGGGAUGCUGUUUAUACCAAGUUCUUUCAUUGUUUUCUGGGACCUCUUUGUUUUCACCGAGUCUCAAGUCUGUGAUGAUCUAGCAAUAGAUUGCUUCUCUCCACCGUCUCACGAAAUUGUGAACAACUGUACCGACUACAAGGACUUAGAUGUCGAGUUUAUCUGCUUUCGAUUCACUUUUUCGUUUGGUAUAGGCCUUGCUGCAGCUGGUGGUGUGUUCACAGCUCUGCAACUCAUUGUGAAGAUAAUAUCUCGAUCCUCCAUAUGGUUUAACAAGAGGUGUUCGAAGAGGUUCGAACCCUCCGAAUCUCGUCCAACUACACCUCAGCGCAACAAAAAUCUAAAAUAUUGUCAAAACUGUGUAUAUGUUCUUAUCUCCGGUCUGGCUAUUACUGCUAGCAUAGCAGCUUUUGUGUUGUACGGUUUCUACCUUUUUCCUUACUACUUAUACGAACAUUAUCCUUUCUCAAAAUUGAUUGCUUGCCACUGUAAAUUUGGUAUCUUUGUUGUCACAUUUGCUACAAGUUUUUGCACACCAUGGCACACUAAACCACAACAACAGGCCGCUAACCCCACUACAGACCAACAAUCAGAUCAGCUUCCUAAUUCCUCAGCUGAGAAUCCAGAAAUUUACCAAUCGAGAAAUUCGUGCAACAUUUUCCGAUCCCAAAAAAUUUGGCCAAAUGCCCAAGAAGAGGAAAUGAAACCUUUUGCAAAUAGCUGGCAUGCAUAAUGACUAUUGAACUUACGUGUACAUAAAUGUGAUACUAUUAAUUUCAACUUGUCUGCAUUCCGUAUGAAAUUUAUAACGUGAAC